AUACAGCCUCUGCCUCGAUCGGCGCUUCUCCUAGCAAUCUGUCCGUUUCUGCUGCGUGCGCCUCGAUACUGACAAAGAGUCCCGUCGUCCCCAGUCACCAUCUCGACAAGCAAUCUCCUCUGAGGGUCGAGCGUCUUCUUGACACGUUUCUUCGCAGAGCCAACGAGUCCAAGCUACGACACAUUGCUUCUUCUUCUUCUUCUCCUCCUCCUCCUCCUCUUUACCACAUCUUCCAACCCAAUCGCCUCUCGCCAUGAUUCGCUCAACACAAAUCUCGAGGCUAGAUGGCCUCAUGCUCUGCGCCUCCGUCGACGACGAAGCCCAAUCCGACGCCGCCGCCCUCAACGAAGUAAAGCAGCAGCUCCGCCAAAUCCUCCGCAAGCUCACGCCCACAUCGGAGCCCCAAGCCUCCAUCGAAUCGACCUCGUCCCUCUUCACGAUCCACUACCUCAUCGACUCCGCCGUCGUCUUCACCGCAAUCUGCGAGCGCUCCUACCCGCGCAAGCUCGCAUUCACCUACCUCGCCGACCUCGCCCGCGAGUUCACCACCACCUACACCCAGCAGGCCAUCCACAACCCGGCCCUCCGGCCCUAUGCUUUUAUGGAGUUUGACAACUUCAUCGCAAAGACGAGGACCACCUACGCCGACGCCAGGGCCGCGCAGAACCUCGACAAGCUCAACGAUGAGCUGAGGGACGUCACCAAGAUCAUGACCAAGAACAUCGAGGAUCUGCUCUAUCGCGGGGAUAACCUGGAGCGCAUGGGCGAGAUUAGCAGUCGCUUGAGGGACGAUAGCAAAAAGUACCGGAGGGCGGCCGUGCGCAUCAAUUGGGAGCUCAUGCUGAAGCAGUACGGCCCCUUUGCUGGAUUGGGCUUCUUCAUCUUGCUCUUCAUCUACUGGCGCUUCUUCUAG